GGCACGAGGUGAGCGAGUUUGAGCGGCUAAGGAGAAGCCAGUCCGGAGGAUGCAACGCGGCGCUUUGCAAGGUUGCACAGGCUCGCUGUCGCGGUGUAUAAAAGCUGGCCGUAAGGCCGCCUUCUAAUUCAUAACCCAGCUCAGCGAGGAGCGUGCCCGGUGGAGCAGUGGCCAAGCCACCUCGGAUAGUUCUCCUUUGCUACAGAGAAGCAAUUGAAGAGGCUCCUGCACAGAGCAUCACUUUCCAGCCGCGCUUUGAGCUUGCCGCGGACGCAACGGGGAGAAAGAGGCUGCCCCCUCCCCACCUACUCCCUUCGGCUGGGCCGGCUGGAGCAACCGCCUGAGAGUGAUUGCCUCCAGGACUUCGGGAGCAGCAGAUCGCCUUUGCCUCCCCCCCCCCACAACACACACGCCCACGAGUUCGCUCUUUUAAGGAGAAGUGCCUGAAAAGAGCGAGUCGGUGGUUUCCAUAGUGAUGGAACAGAAAGUGCAGGAAAUUUAAAGACGCUGGAUCCUCGCGCAGCAGACAAACUGGUGCCAACGUGCGUGGCGGCGGCGGCGGCGGCUGUUGCAAACUGCAAAGAGACGGGAGCCGAAUGGAAGUUUGCAGAGGUCUCUCCUGAGUGACGCGGCGCGCAACUCCUUAAGUCCGGAGACAGAACAAUUGCAUGGGGCACCCUACGCUUCUCGCUUUCUGCACCGGGCUGCCGAGUUUCACGAUCAGCAUUCCUUACUUCUAAACGGCGCUCUCUUUUUUUUUCUUUUUUUGCUGCUGCUGUUGCCUACUCACCGGAUCCGAGGAAAGGCGUUUGGGCAAGGAGGCUGCAGCCGCUGAAGGCAAGCGGCAGGGGACGGACCCUCCUCUCCUGCCCCUCCUUGCUUGGAUACCCUCACCUCCUUUCUCCGGCCGAUGUCUCUGCUCAGGCCCGCUUCUGUGUGAACCCUGCCCCCUUUCCCCUCCAUCCAUCCCUCUGUCUCUCUCUCCGAGCAUGGAUCACCUUCGGUGGCUGGUGAGGCUUUACGCGUUGGCGGUUCUCCUAGGUUUCCGGCUGGAACAGGGCGCUUGCCAGCACUACCUCCACAUCCGACCGGCCCCCAGCGACAAUUUGCCCUUGGUGGAUCUAAUCGAGCAUCCGGACCCUGUCUUCGAUCCCAAGGAGAAAGACCUGAACGACACGCUGCUGAGGACCCUGCUGGGCACCCACUUCGACCCGAGCUUCAUGGCGAUCUCCUUGUCCGAAGAUCGUCUCGGAGGGGACGACCUAGCCCAGCUGGACCUGCUGCUGCGGCAGAGGCCCUCCGGAGCGAUGCCCAGCGAGAUCAAAGGUCUGGAGUUUUACGACGGGGGGCUCCAGGCCAGCAAAAAGCACCGGCUGAGCAAGAAGCUCCGUCGGAAGCUGCAGCUCUGGCUGUGGUCUCACACCUUCUGCCCGGUCCUCUACACGUGGAACGACCUCGGCAGCCGCUUCUGGCCCCGCUACGUGAAGGUGGGCAGCUGCUUCAGCAAGCGCUCUUGCUCCGUCCCGGAAGGCAUGAUUUGCAAGCCGGCCAAAUCCAUGCAUCUGACCAUUUUGCGGUGGAGGUGCCAGCGCCGCGGGGGGCAGCGUUGCACGUGGAUCCCCAUCCAGUACCCGAUCAUUUCCGAGUGCAAAUGCUCCUGCUAGGGUGGGGGAGCCGCAACGCGUGUGCGCCCUCCGCUCCAGUCGCCGCCAACGUCCCGAGGAAAAGAACAAGCCAAAGCAACACCUUGCCUCUUUUUCGCACCGAACCAUCCGGCCCGCCAAGCCGGGCUUUUGGGUCGACUUCAAGACGCUACAAAAGAGAUGGACGUUGGCCUCCCCGUUGAAAUGUUGCACUGCUCCGGGUUGUGCAAGCCAGGCAACUUUUUGCUUUUGUGUAAAGGCGAGCGUGCGUCACGAAAGACCUGGGAGAGUCCUUGCGCGCGCGGACCCUCUGCCCUGGAAGACCACCCAAACGCCUCUGAAAGCAGGUCAGUGUCACACCGCGAACUCUCCUCGUCUGCUGUACUAUUAAGAGUAGAUUCGCCCGGAUCAUCGCGAUUGAAGUUUUCUCCACCCACCUCCCCGUCUUUAAUUUAUAUUCCAGGAAGAAGCGUUUGGAGGAUUUAAAAACAAACGCUCCUCAAAUCUUGGUUGUUGGAUUUUUUUGUGUUUUUUUUUUUUUUUUGCAAAGGCUUUUUUUUAAAGAAAAAAGAAAAGAGGACUUUUAACAUAAAACAUUUUAUUAUAAAUGGAAAUAUUUUCCAUUCUUUGGGGGUGGGAAGUCUUUUGAGUGAUUUGCGUGUGAAUUUUUUUACAGACUUCCGAGGUUAUUACUAACGAUACUAUGAUGAAAGGUUAAGACACCUUGUUACUGUUGUACAUAGCGGGUUUGGUGUUAUUGUUUUUUUUUUUUCUUGGAACGUCUUUUAUCUUCUGUACGUGAAAGAGAGUUUGCUAUUUAUUCUUUAUAUUCAUUCCCUUGUAGUCGAAAAGUUCAGCUCAAAAUUAAAAUCAACCACUAAAAGAUCAAACCCUCCUUGGAUUCUUGUGGGGCGCGGUUGGGGAGGGGGGGCGCCGGCCGAGGCGGCGUGCGGCUUGAGAGGCGAAGGCACCGCCCCCUCCCUCUUUCCCAGCAGCGCCACCUUCCUUGGAAGCCGGUCCCGCCGGGUCGGAUCGGCGCGACUUCCCAGCCAGCCCGCUCCGCUCUGCUUGGGAGCGGGAGAAGAACUCUGGAAGGCGCGCUGCUUGUUUGUUUGCUCGCUUCUCCGCCGCCCCGCAUUUGGCCGUCGCCCCCUUUGGAAGGCGCGAGGCAGACGCCUUCGGAGAGACGGCGGCGGGAGGCGGGUCCCGAAAAGGAGGGGGGAGCCGGGUGGUUGCCGCUUUUGACAUCUCAUUUACCAGGAGCCACGUGUCUCUGACACCUACCCUUGUGGCCGAGCCCCGCUGAAACUCGAGCCCCGACGGCGCGUUCUUUGGCGCUCGCUGCAGACAGUCGCCUAUCCCGGGCACGGCCGAGGCAGCGCCCCUCUCCGCUUAUCCGCCCCUUUUCUCUUUAACCCUUUCCCUUCGGGAAGGGGAGCGCUCGCCCGGCGGGAAAUUUCCCUGCCUUUCCCUUGCUUUCUCC